AUGCGCUUGGGGUUGACUCUGAGCCGCAGCCUCCGGAUGAUAGCACAUAAGACAGGACCGAAGAUGAAUGAUACUACCACCUCCCUCUUUGGCCCUGAAACAACGUGUGUCCGCAUUAUCAAACUGGAAGGAAACUUCAACAAGGCUUUCUUAAUUACAAUGAGUGACGGGAAUGAGGUUAUAGCGAAGAUUCCUUGCGCAAAUGAUGGGUUGCGUACGGCCCCAUUUAUCGGGUUCGAGUUCCGGAAGUGUAUGCCUGGAGUUCCUACAAAUCCAGUCGGCGCAGAAUAUAUUAUCAUGGAGAAGGCCUGCGGUACCGAGCUCGCAGAAAGGUGGGGGACAAUGAACGCUCUGGAACGCUAUAAAAUAAUUGACGGAAUCGUGAAGACAGAGACGGAGCUUGAGGGCAUGAAAUUACCAGCGUUUGGAAGCCUCUUUCGCGGGAUUCUUUGCCAGCGGAAUAUUCACGUUAACUUUGUCCUCGAAUCUAGACCCAACUGGCCUCAUUUGCGGUGGACCUUCAAGCAGUCGAGCAGUAUGUCUUAA